AGAGGGCAGGCCAUCGCAGGUCUUGAGCCUCAUCUCCUCCUAAGAGGAGGAGGAGGAGGAAGAGGAGGAGGAGGAAGAAGAAGGCUCUCUGGAUGUCCCUGGCCAGGCAGCAUGCGCCCCGAGGCAGCCAAGAAGAAGGCAAGGAGGGCCAGGGAAGAUGAAGCGCUGUCAGGGAUGACCCUGGGGACCCCAUCCCAAUGGCGUCCUCGCAGCCUCUGGAACUGACCGUCUUGGGGAAUGGCCCAGGGUCCAGCCGCCGAACCCCAGAGGGGGAGACAUCGUCCGCAUGGACAGCUCCCAGGUUGGGCAUCGAGAAUGCCUCUUACCAGGGGGAGGAGGAAGAGGAAGAGACCGAAACAUCCUUCCGGAGCGGUCAAGGGGCAGGAAGCAGGAGCACGGCACUGUCCAGGGGAGACCUCUCUCCACGGUCGGAGGAUGCCACUUUGUCGGACUCACCCGGGACCUCCGUAGACUACGGCUUCAUCUUGGCUCUCGUCUUCUUGGUCGGAGGGAUUUUGCUGGUGAUUGUGGCCUACAGCAUCCCGCGGGAGGUGCAGGUCAACCCGGACUCGGUCUCCGCCAGGGAGAUGGAGCGGCUGGAGAUGUAUUACGCCCGCCUGGGCUCCCAUUUGGACAAGUGCAUCAUCGCAGGGCUGGGCCUGUUGACUUUGGGUGGGAUGCUUCUCUCUGUUCUCCUGAUGGUGUCCAUCUAUAAAGGGGAGCUCUACCGGAGAAGGACAUUCCCGGCUUCCAGAGCUCCCCGAAAGACUUACGGAUCGAUAAACCUGAGGAUGAGGCAACUUAACGGAGACGGGGGACAAAACUUGGUGGAGAACGAGGUCGUUCAGAUGACGGAGGCUACCAAUGUUGGCUAGAGCUGCUAAUCUUUCUUCAUAAAUGGUGGAUCUCAAAGAGUCCUUAGCUGAAAAGUCUGUAGGGUGGUGUUUUUCUCCUUCGUUUGCAGUUGGAUGGUUCAUUCAUGUUUAAAGAUAAGUUUGUAUCACUGAGAGGAAGAAAAUAUGGGAAUGUCACCUCUUCUGUGUUGGGAAGCUGUCCAAACCACAUCUCAGGCCAAACUAUCUUGACACUUAAAUAUAAAAAUAUUAAAAAAAACUUGGGGAAAACCAAAUAUGGCUUUAGAUUUGAUGGGGGAAGGAGGAGCUUCUUUGGGACACAUCAAGUCUAGAGAAGACAUGAGCUCCACUCCCCCAAAAAGAAAUGUUUUCUGUGCUAUGUACAGUCCUGGGACAUUCCCCAUAUAUCCCUUGGUAGCUUUUCGACUGUUGCACAACCAAAUUGCCUACGCCGACGAUGCAGAGCCAAAGUCCCUUCUCUGAGGUCUUGGUGGACUUUAUUUCCAUACUUAUUUACGGGAGGCCUGGACAUUGGAGCUAGGUGACUCUUUUUGUUUUGUUUUCCACAGCCAACAAUGUCUUAGCAGUAGCUCCAACUGGAAGAGAUGCAGAAUUGAACAUCAGCUUUGACCCUCAGAAAAUAUUGGAAGUUCCCUCGCUUGAAUGAAAAGUAAUGCCUCCACCUUCGUUACUUGGGUUUGGAUGGGAAUAUUUUAAUAAACCAAACACAGAAAUAAUCCUUAGAAUGUGCUCUGUAACUACCACUAUUCACUUUUUCACAUAAUCACCAGACAAUUGGAUACAUUUCUGCCAACGAUG